GCUUCAUCGAAGCCCAACUUCACUAUCAUUCCAAGGUUCUCCUCAGGCCGUGCUGACGUGUGGAAAUUUUUUUCCAGAGAGUUGUGCUAGUGGAAAACAGCAGCCAUUGGUGGUGCAGGUGAAAAUUUGGAGAAAAACUCUACUUUUGUGCGUGUUCGCCGGUAGCCGGAUCGGGAAAAACCAUCUUUGGUAAAUCUUCCGAGUGAUUGUGUGGAACAGCGCCAAGCCGGACCAGAUCUCAAUUAGUGUCGUUUGUAUUUGAGUAAGCAACCGUUGCAGCAGCAGGAUGGGUAAGGAAAAGACUCAUAUUAAUAUCGUGGUCAUUGGACACGUCGAUUCCGGCAAGUCUACCACUACCGGCCAUCUGAUCUACAAGUGCGGUGGCAUCGAUAAGCGUACCAUCGAGAAGUUCGAGAAGGAAGCCCAGGAAAUGGGCAAAGGUUCGUUCAAGUAUGCCUGGGUUUUGGACAAGCUGAAGGCCGAACGCGAGCGUGGUAUCACCAUCGAUAUCGCCUUGUGGAAGUUUGAAACCGCCAAGUACUAUGUCACCAUCAUUGAUGCCCCUGGACAUCGUGAUUUCAUCAAGAACAUGAUUACCGGAACCUCGCAAGCUGAUUGCGCUGUGCUGAUUGUAGCCGCCGGUACUGGUGAGUUCGAGGCCGGAAUCUCCAAGAACGGUCAAACCCGUGAGCAUGCCCUGUUGGCUUUCACUCUCGGUGUCAAGCAGCUGAUUGUUGGUGUUAACAAGAUGGACUCCACCGAGCCCGCAUACCACGAGGCUCGUUUCGAGGAAAUCAAGAAGGAAGUAUCGUCUUACAUCAAGAAGAUCGGUUACAAUCCGGCUUCGGUGGCUUUCGUUCCGAUCUCCGGAUGGCACGGUGACAACAUGCUGGAACCGUCGGACAAGAUGCCAUGGUUCAAGGGAUGGGCCGUCGAACGCAAGGAAGGCAAGGCUGAGGGUAAGACCCUGAUCGAGGCCUUGGACAACAUCCUUCCACCGUCGCGUCCUACCGACAAACCUCUGCGUCUGCCACUGCAGGAUGUGUACAAAAUCGGCGGUAUCGGAACGGUUCCAGUCGGUCGUGUUGAAACCGGUAUCAUGAAACCAGGUAUGGUUGUCGUAUUUGCCCCAGUCAACAUCACCACUGAGGUCAAGUCGGUUGAAAUGCACCACGAGGCCCUGUCGGAGGCUCUACCCGGCGAUAACGUCGGCUUCAACGUCAAGAACGUCUCCGUUAAGGAAUUGCGUCGUGGUUACGUCGCUGGAGAUUCCAAAGCCAGCCCACCGAAGGGUGCUGCUGAUUUCACCGCUCAGGUUAUUGUCCUGAAUCACCCGGGUCAGAUUGCCAACGGGUACACUCCGGUGCUGGAUUGUCACACCGCUCACAUCGCGUGCAAAUUUGCCGAGAUCAAGGAGAAGUGUGAUCGUCGUUCCGGCAAGGUAACCGAGGAAAAUCCCAAAUCCAUCAAGUCCGGCGAUGCGGCCAUCGUCAAUCUGGUGCCAAGCAAGCCGCUGUGUGUGGAGAGUUUCCAGGAGUUCCCACCGUUGGGACGUUUUGCCGUGCGUGACAUGCGUCAAACCGUUGCAGUCGGUGUCAUUAAAUCGGUCAACUUUAAAGAGGCUACCGGUGGUAAAGUAACCAAAGCCGCCGAGAAGGCCCAGAAGAAGAAAUAACUAGAGACACCGGAACACCCGAGUACCGUAGCGGCAGCAAACAGCACUGCUAGCAGCAACAACAUCAACACUACUAUAACUACUAAUAAACCAAAACAAUUCUCAACAUUAUUAUUAUUGAAUAAUGAUGAUGGUGUGCGGAUUUUGAUUGAGUGUGCAAUCCAGUCGGUUGCCUUCAGUGGAAAUCAUCCAUUAUUAUUAAAUAAUAAUUUAAGAAGUAAUAUUAAUCAUAAACUACAAUUUAAUAAUAAUCGUAAUAAUUUAAUGAAAAACACAGAGAGAAAAAUUCAGGCCGGCUGGUGCAUAGAGGAUUUUAUUGGUAACUUUGCUUACAAAACCACAGCAUCAAAAACAGCAACAGCAACGCGAUCAUCGCCUCCAAAACCAUCCCCAACAUCCCGUUUCAAUCAACUGUACGCAUCCUCCCUCUCAUCAGUCCUGUCCUUCAAUAACGGCAGUAGUAACAACACUGAUUACUCGUCACCAUCACCAUCAUUAUCCGCCAAGAAGACUAAUUUAUUUUACCACCAUAGAAAAGCAUUUCGUAGGAAAGAGGAGAACGGUCUGCAACAACAAUUCGCCGACAUUGCCAUCAUCACCACAUUCGCUAUCGAGUAUGUUAUUCCUCUUAUCAUCAGCUACGCUCUGCUCCCCCUACUCAUUACUGCUAGAUUAGUUGGUACUAAUAAUUUUGCGACUAUUAGAUCAUGAUACGAUCGAUUAGGAAGCGUUACACCAAAGAUUUGGGAUAAUUUUACUAAGUUCAUUGUUUGACAUACUGAAAACUAUGAUUUGAAAAGACAUUUUUGGUUCUUGGUUGACCAUCUGGAGAGGAAAAACUAAUACAGAAAACAAGGAUAAGAUCUAAUAAAGAGCGAGCAACUGCAAAAGGUUUACUCAAUAAACAACGUGAUUUUAUUUGUUUCGACAAACUAUUUGUGAUAUUGAAUCUGCUGUGUUUUUGUCUGUUUGAAAAAACAAAUAUGUGUUUACCCGAAAAUCUAAUUUUCAAAAGCUGAUAACGAAAAGACAUCCUCAAGAAAACAAGAAACCUGAAAAGCAGGCGUGGCUUUAUAAACAUGAUACAUGCUGUCAGACGCGAAGCAAAUAACUUGCAUCAUCUCUUUUUACGCACGCACAUAGCAUCGUUCCACGUGGGCUCCACCUCGCCCAAAUGCUCUAACCACCGGACCAUUUUUCCACAAUGUUACCCAUGUGGUAAAGACACCAGUUAGUCCUUGCAUCCCCUACAAGGCAAACAGAUUCACGUAUAAUCCCUUCGCAUAGAACAAAAAAAAAUAAAGAUCACAAACAAAAAAUAUAUGGAUGUAGCAAGUGGCAAGCAUUAAUAAGGUAUAAAGUACCGACAUAAAAAUGAGAAAAUUUGCCAAUAAAAAUCGAGUUGAAGGCUUGAAAGAUUUCUGUGUCGAA